ACGGCCGCAUCUAGUCCGCUUUGGCCGUCCGCACUGACGCGCAUAACGUUUGAAUUUUGAAAAACGCCCGCGAACUGACAAUUGCCGCCCUCUGCCGUCAUGGAAACCGCGCCUUCUUCAGUGUCGUGUCUGCCGCACACCGCGAAAAUGUCGAAGGCGAAAAAAGUGCUGGAAGAGGCCCGGGAAAUCAGGAAUCCCGAGCUGGAUUUGUUCGAUAAGGGCGUGUCGACGUUCGAGGAGAUGCCCGGACUUCUAAAUAUGACAAAUGUAACCAGAUUGACUCUGAGUCACAACAGAAUAAGAUCUAUACCACCUGGAUUGGCAAACUUAACCAACUUGGAAAUUCUAAAUUUGGCUAAUAACCAAAUACAAGAACUACCCUUAUCUCUAUCUUCUAUGCCAAAAUUGAGGAUUCUAAAUCUAUCAAUAAACAGGCUAGAUACUUUACCAAGAGGUUUUGGUGCUUUUCCAGUUCUGGAGAUACUGGAUCUCACUUAUAAUAACUUGAAAGAAGAUUCGUUACCAGGAAAUUUCUUCAUGAUGCAAACUCUAAGAGCUCUCUACUUGGGAGACAAUGAUUUUGAGAAACUACCUCCAGAAAUUAAGAACCUGAAGAAUCUUGAAAUUUUGGGUCUUCGCGAAAACGACCUUAUUGAACUACCUAAAGAAAUUGGGGAGCUUAGUAGGCUUAGAGAGUUGCAUGUACAAGGCAACCGUCUAACCAUUUUACCGCCAGAACUGGGCAACUUGGACAUGGCUUCCAAUAAAGCUGAAUUCAGAUUCGAAGGUAACGUUUGGGUACCGCCAAUACUGGAUCAACUCAAUUUGGGAAUCAGCCAUUUACAAGACUAUUUGAGGAGCGAAGCAUACAGAAUAACUUACAAUCGAUAUUUAACCAACAAACCGCCUGUACCGCCACCCUGUGUUGACAAAGCAAAGAAAAUUUCUCGACUUCGAUAGAAGUUAUAAAUAUUGAUUUAUUUAAAGUACUAUCAUGUAUUUUUGGUGCUAUAACACUGCCUUUUUAUCAGUUUAACAUAUAUCUAUAAGAAAAAAAUGUAUUUAAAAUCUUAAAUAUUUGUUGCCAUAAUAAAUGUUUAGAUCUAAUAUAAAUAAUGUUAAGUUUAAAAAAAUAGUUUAUAGUUAUAUAGGGUAUCCCAGAAAUAAGUGCAAGUAUUUGAACUUGUAGUAUAGUUCAACCCCAGAAACACGCCUAUGAGGUUUUUUCGCGAAAAAAAAUGUUUGGAAAAUCGGAAUUUUUUGGAUUUUUUUUUUAUUUUUUAGUCAAAAACAUAAUUUCUUGAUAAUAGGGCAACAUAGGUAGUCGAUUAAAUUUACAAGAAAGGAAAACCAGAAAAGAUUUUUUUUUAAGAAGAAAUUUUUAAAGUAAAAUAACUCCGUUAUUUUGGACUUAUUUGAAAAACGAUAAAGAGAAAAUAUGUUUCUUUUAUCAGGAUCUACCACCCCUUAAAAUGCUUGCACUUAUUUCUGGGACACCCUGUAUUAUAAUAUACUAAAAGACAACAUUUACAUGCUAAUAUAAAUUAUGUAUGUUAAUAAUAAUUCUUGUGUUCUUCCUAUAAUUUGUGCCUUACAAUAUUUUAUAAGCUAUGUAUUUAUAUUUUUUAAGCUUUAAACUAAAAUUUUGUUAUUGCUCUAGUGUUAAUUUACUUAAUAAAUAUAUUAUUAUGACUAAAUA